ACUCCGUAUACCUACACCGUUACACCGUCUACUCAAAUACAACCCCCUUACUCUAUCCUUUCUUUUUCCGACCUGCCAUCAUGUCUGCCGAUCUCGACCAAAACCCCUCCCCAGCCGACCUAGCCGAACGCGAACGCGAGAACAAGGAACGCAAAGCCCUCGAGGAUGCGGAACAGGCUCAGCUCCCCUACAAGUGGACACAGACUAUUCGUGACGUGGACGUGACAGCGCCGAUCCCUGGUAAUCUCAAGGGCCGCGACUUGGAUGUGGUGUUGACCAAGAACAAAAUCCGUGUCGCGAUCAAGGGACAAGAACCCCUCAUCGAGGGCGACUUCCCCCACACCAUCCUCGUCGACGAAUCCUCCUGGACCCUCGAGACUACCCCCACCCCGCCCGGAAAGGAAAUCAACAUCCACCUCGAUAAGGUCAACAAGGUCGAAUGGUGGCCUCAUGUUGUUACCACAGCUCCCAAAAUCGAUGUCACCAAGAUUACGCCCGAGAACUCCAGCCUAGGCGAUCUAGAUGGCCAGACUCGCGCCAUGGUCGAGAAGAUGAUGUAUGAUCAGCGGCAGAAGGAGAUGGGUGGUCCCAGUAGUGACGAGCAACGGAAGAUGGAUUUGUUGAAGAAGUUCCAGGCUGAGCAUCCCGAGAUGGAUUUCUCUAAUGCGAAGAUGGGUUAAACCCACUAUUAGCAUUCAACGAUACCUAACCCUUCGUUCUUUAUGCAAAAAAAAUAUCAAUGUAUGAAGUAUGAGUUAUGCGCAUGGGUGGAUAAUCUUCGAUGAAUGAUGAAUUGCAUGGCGUUUCUCGAAUCUAAUUUCCAAGACUUGGUAUGGGUCUCUGGUUUAUAUAUUCCUAGAAGUAGAUGUCUUUUAUUUAGUUUCUUUUGGUCAAGUUCUC